CGGCAAGUCUUUAUUUUUGUUAUUAACAAAAAAAGAAGAAAAAAGGAAUAUAAAUGACGAAAUAUGUAUCUUUAUCAGAUGAAAUCGAAAUAUAUUCCUUAUUCUUUCACCAUUGAAAUGUAGUACUCGGGGUAUGUACGUACCAUAGGAGCUUGCCAUCCUACCUCCAUACUCCAUAACACGACAAGCCCUCGCGUCCUCCGACGACGCCGCAGCAAGCACUUUUUGACCUUUGGUUUAUGCUAUCCAGACAUGUGACGGUGGAAGUCACAUACUUCGGAACAAGAUGGUUGAAGUAGGGAUCUCUUUCCAGACCAUCAAAUCACUCCUCAUCUUCUUCGCACCGAUUAUCAUCCCGCGAGCAAUAAAUCUUUAUCGAGGCCUUCGGAUCUCCCUGUCGCAGGCAGGCAGGAUUCCGCCGCGCCCGCUUUCUCCGCUCGCUACUCGCGCUUUGAAUGUCUUAUUCUUCGCUAUCGUCCUUUUUCUCCUGCUCAGUUUACCGGUCAAUCCGCAUGCUCCGGCUGCGAAUAUAUUCUCGCUGACGCGUUCGAGACUGAAUACUCCGACGGAGGUGAUAUUUACUCGGUUGGCGCGUCAUCGGGCGGAUAAUGUGCUUACGGAGGAGGAUACGCUGUUACGAUCCAAGUUGACCUCGAUGGCGGCGAGGAAGGCUUAUCUUCGCUUUGGGGCGGAGCCUUUGAUUAAUUGCCAGUUCUGUUCGCCGGGUAGUCUGCAGUCUUAUCUGCUUUACUAUCUGCCGUUCAAUGUGCUGGUGCCGCAUCUUUUCCAUAUGCUUAUUGUCGGCUUGGUUACGUCUGCGCCUUUUGCGGGUCAGGAGGCGGCGCAGUGGAGGAAUACGUUUACUCUUGCGGGCCUUGCCCUUGCUGCGGUUGACUUGUAUAUAAUGGCGACUUAUGACCCUGUGCAGUCCGCGUCUACUGCCGUCAAGUUUGGUCAGGCGCCGCCGUCGGCUCUAUACUAUCGAAUGGCUCUGGGACGGCCAUUGGCGUUCACUAUAUUGGACGCUGUGUAUGCCGCUCUGAUCUACGUUUCUGCCACGGGUCGCCUCUUCUUCAGCCCGCCCUCGCAGGCGGACCAGAUCGAUCAGAUUGUUUCAACAGCGACUUCGUCACUGACAAGCGCCAGUUCGAAGCUGCACGCAUUGAGCGUAACACGCAAUGCUGUGGUGAGGCAGAAGGUGCUGAAGAACCGGGACGAUGAGUACUGGCGCGCAGUGGUGGCUAUGGAGGGUUCUGGCGGUAAUGCAGACGGCAACUCAGGAAGCAUCUGGGAGGAAGAAGAGGUCGUGAAAGCCAUGUCGAGAGCUAUGAAUGGACAGGCACGCGGAGGCAUUGAUCUAUCAAGGCUAGGUGUCCAGGCGGGCGAGUAUGUCGACGAGGUGACAGCUGGUCUGGAGAACGACGCCGUCGAGCGCCCUGAGUGAGGUCUGACAUCCGCGAUGCGCGAUAGAGCCUUUGCAAAGACAAAUAGAUUGUAAAAAUGUUUCUCUUAUUGGUUUCUGGCUUCGAUAUAGCGACAAGUCGGCGUUAUCUAGUGAAAAGCGAUACUCUAUAGGGUAUAGCACGCAGCUGUGACACGCGCCUCCACGUGGAAGUCAAGGUAUCUAUGCUGGACUGGCUCC